UUUUAGGUGGACCACCCUGUUCUGAAAUCCUAGAUCCGCCAGUGAGGUGAGCACCGUGCCACCGACAGGAACCAGACGGGUCAGAAAACCACCAGUGAGUCAGCGAUCCACCCUACAGGUGUUCUGCUCUCACGGUGCUUUACCCCCGCCCGACCCAUGGCGCCGCCACUCGUCGCCAUCGUCCGGCUUGCCACUGCCUCCCGUGUCUUGGUCCUUACUCUCUCUCUGCUCGCUCGCCUUCUCUUCCGCCCAUACGACACCUCCACCUCCCUUCACCCGCCUUGUCUCUCCUCCCCCUCCUUCCCCCCUUCCGCCUCCUCUUCUAAUUCCACUGCUACCGCCACCGCCAUCUCGUCCCUAGCUGUAUGGGACGGUGUCCACUUCGCUCGCUCUGCUGAGUGCGGCUACGAGUAUGAGCAGUCAUUCGCCUUCCUCCCCCUGCUCCCAGCCUCAAUCGCUCUACUCUCCCGGUCCCUGUUCGCGCCGCUGGUGCCGAUGCUGGGGUACAGGGCCGUGCUUGUGAUCUCCGGGCAUGUUCUGAACAAUGUGGCAUUUGUUGGCGCCGCGGCCUAUUUCUACAGAUUAUCUGUGCUGAUCUUGAAGGACUCAGGAGCGGCUUACCGUGCAUCUGUUCUUUUUUGCUUCAAUCCAGCUUCUGUGUUCUACUCAUCACUAUAUUCAGAAAGUCUUUAUGCCCUUUUUUCGCUCGGAGGGCUCUUCUACCUAUUUUCCGGUGCUCGUACCAUUGCAAUGAUAAUGCUCGCUCUAUCUGGUUCAGCUAGGUCAAAUGGAGCACUUAAUGCUGGCUAUAUCUGUUUUGAGGCUUUGCUACAAGCAUAUGAUGCUGCUAUCCAGAAGAAAAGGCCCAUGUGGGCAGUGCAGGCCCUCGUCACUGGAUUUUUGCGCUCCACUUUUGUAUUCCUACCAUUCUUUGCCUUUCAAGCAUAUGGAUAUUUGAACAUAUGCGUACACGGGGACACGGAUGAGCUGAGGCCAUGGUGCAAAGCAAAACUGCCCCUUUUGUAUAGUUUUAUUCAGAGUCACUACUGGGGAGUUGGUUUCUUGAGAUACUUUCAAGUCAAGCAGCUGCCCAACUUUCUUUUGGCUUCACCAGUACUAUCUCUUGCAGUUUAUUCUAUAGUUCACUACACAAAAUUGCUUCACCAACUCUUCCAAUCAACUAGCAUACACGAGCAGAUAAUUGCCAUUGUUGACGGGAGGUUAGUUGAAGCAUAUGAAAGCUCAGAUGUUGCCACAGUGUUGAAGAGUGAAAUUUCUACCGGACCACAUAACAAAAAGCAAGGGAACACUGAGGUUAAGAAGAGAAAAUCUGUCGCGGCCAGCGCUGCUUCAGCAGCAUCUUUAGAUAGCAAUGUAUCAAGAGGCCGAAUUGUGGGAGAUAACAAGGAUGAGUGCCCCUUGCUAGUUCUUCCUUUCAUUUUACACCUGACAUUCAUGACAUUUACCGCCUUCUUCGUGAUGCACGUCCAGGUGUCAACGCGGUUUCUGUCUGCCAGCCCCCCGAUCUACUGGGCCGCUUCGCGCAUUUUGGCUCCUGCAAGGGGCGGCUCUUGCAAGAGAUGGGGAUACUUCGUCAUCGUUUACUUCGUUGCUUAUAUUCUUCUCGGCAGUUUGCUCUUCCCCAACUUCUACCCAUUCACAUGAGAACAGCUGCUGUCAUGCACACACGAAUUGUAUGCGCUAGAUUAGCCUGGAGGUUCUCCUUGGCGGAAUGUUCCUGUACAGUUGGUGUAUCUCUUUCCUUCUGUUCCCUAAAACCACGGCCAUAGAAUUGAGGAGUGCAUUCUGGAGGUUUUUCUUUCUGGGAGAUCUGAAUCAUGUGCUCCAUUUCCUUACCUAGGUUGCACUAGAUCACAUGCCAUGUUAUGUUGACACCUUGAUAUGAAAAUGAUAAUAAUGAUAAUAGUAAUAAUAUUUA